AAUAAUUUUAAUUAAAAAAAAAAAAAAGAAAAAAGAAAAAUGAUUUCCCAUUUCUCUACCAAACCACCGUUCUCCUUCACCUCUUCGUCUUCUCUCGCCGCUCUCUGCCUCCGUCCCCUUCUCUUCCGUCCUUCUCUUCAUCUUCCUCCUCCUCCUCCUCCUGUGAAUUUCCACUCUUGUUCUUCUCCUCUGUCCGCAUCGAAAUCUCGUAUUCAUCGCUGGUCGUCCUUUGUAUGUCACUUCGGCACCAGUGCAGGCGACAACGGAGGUGGAGUUCGCAUGGAGUCAUCUUCAGCGGAAGUGGAGUUCGUCGCGCACGAUUUGAAGAGACAGAGUUUAGGAACCGAUGGAGAUGCGGAUGGAGGGAGUGAUGACAGUGGCAAUGGCGAGGAGAGUAGGAAGGUUAUGAAAUUGAAGCUUGAAGAUCUGAACUGGGACCACUCGUUUGUUAGAGAAUUGCCUGGUGAUCCUCGGACCGAUACGAUUUCGCGUCAGGUAUUACAUGCUUGUUAUACAAAAGUUUCUCCCUCAGCCGAAGUAGACAAUCCGCAGCUUGUAGCCUGGUCAGAGUCAGUUGCUGAGUUGCUUGAUUUGGAUUCAAAAGAAUUUGAGAGACCAGAUUUUCCCGUUAUAUUUUCUGGGGCAUCACUGCUACCGGGAACUUUGCCUUAUGCUCAAUGUUAUGGAGGACAUCAAUUUGGCAUGUGGGCUGGUCAGCUGGGUGACGGUCGGGCAAUAACGCUUGGAGAAGUUGUUAAUUCGAAGGGAGAAAGAUGGGAAUUGCAGCUUAAAGGAGCAGGGAAGACUCCAUACAGCCGCUUUGCGGAUGGACUGGCAGUACUACGAAGUAGCAUCCGCGAGUUCCUUUGCAGUGAAGCAAUGCACAGUCUGGGCAUUCCCACAACACGUGCACUUUGCGUUGUGACAACGGGGAAAGAAGUCACUCGAGACAUGUUUUAUGAUGGCAAUCCAAAGGAUGAACCUGGUGCAAUUGUUUGCAGAGUUGCCCAGUCCUUUUUGCGCUUUGGUACAUACCAACUACCUGCUUCUAGAGGAAACGAGGACCUUCAAAUGGUUGGUUCUUUGGCAGAUUAUGCUAUUAGACAUCACUUUCCCCAUAUAGAAAGCAUGAAUAGAAGUGAGAGCUUAUCCUUUAGCACUGGCAAUGAAGAUAAUUCAGUUGUGGACUUAACUUCAAACAAGUAUGCAGCAUGGGCAGUGGAGGUUGCAGAGCGUACUGCUUCCUUAAUUGCAAGAUGGCAAGGUGUUGGCUUUACUCAUGGUGUGCUUAACACUGAUAACAUGAGCAUUUUAGGUCUAACCAUUGAUUAUGGUCCAUUUGGAUUUUUGGAUGCCUUUGACCCAAGUUACACUCCCAACACAACGGAUCUUCCAGGGAGAAGGUACUGUUUUGCCAAUCAACCUGAUAUUGGCUUAUGGAAUAUUGCACAAUUUGCGUCAACCCUGUCAUCUGCCAAAUUGAUAAAUGAUAAUGAGGCAAAUUAUGCCAUGGAAAGGUAUGGGAACAAAUUUAUGGAUGAGUAUCAAGCCAUAAUGACUAAAAAGCUUGGCCUUCCAAAGUACAAUAAAGAACUGAUCAGUAAACUCCUUAAUAAUAUGGCUGUGGAUAAAGUUGAUUAUACAAAUUUCUUCCGGUUGCUUUCCAAUAUCAAAGCUGAUCCUAACAUCGUAGGGGAAGAGUUGUUAAGUCCGCUGAAGGCUGUGCUUUUAGAUAUUGGUAAGGAGCGUAAAGAGGCAUGGACCAAAUGGGUGCAAGCAUAUAUACAAGAGCUUGUUGCUAGCGGCAUUUCAGACGAAGAAAGGAAAGCUUCCAUGGAUUCAACGAAUCCUAAAUAUGUCCUGAGGAACUAUUUGUGCCAGAGCGCCAUUGAUGCUGCUGAACAAGGUGAUUUCAGUGAGGUUCGUAGGCUGCUCAAAUUAAUGGAGCGACCGUACGAGGAUCAACCGGGAAUGGAAAAAUAUGCUCGGCUGCCACCAGCAUGGGCUUAUCGACCAGGUGUUUGCAUGCUUUCUUGUUCUUCAUGAGUUGCAUACUCUAAUUUUAGGUAAUACAAGAAAAAAAAAAAGGGGGAAAAUUGAAAAAAACAAAAGAGAUAGAGAACGAAAUUAUACUCUGUUGUUUGUACAUAAUAGUCAAAAAAUAAGUUUAUAUUCUAUUUUUGUUCCUCUUGUUUUUCACCUAGUACAUUUUGACUAUAAGCUGGAGAAUUUAUAUACUCUUGUUUUGUUAUGCAUGUUAUAGGUUAAAAGAUUGGAUUUCAUA